CACCUCGGGUAGAUUAUGGUGCCCCCGCGGAAUGUAGUGAAGAUCGCCGUCCAGAUGCGCGACGCCAUCCCGCAGCUCAUCCAGCUGGACCAGGCAAAACCCCUGGCCACUGUGCUGAAGGAGGUGUGUGACGCGUGGAGCUUGCCUCACUCUGAGCGCUAUGCCCUACAGUUUGCUGAUGGGCACAGGAGAUACAUCACUGAGAACAACCGCACGGAGAUCAAGAAUGGCAGCAUCCUGUGCCUCAGUACUGCCCCAGACCUUGAGGCUGAGCGGUUGUUGCGUGGGCUGCAGAGCGAGAGUUGUGAAGGGCGCCGGGAAGCCCUUCAGCACCUCGUUCUGCUGGCCCCAGACAUGACCUUCACCCGGGAAGUCAUCAGCCGUGAUGGGCUUCAGAGACUAGGCUCCAUCAUUGAGGAUGGGGACGACCUAGGAGAGGUGCUGGCCCUCGCACUGAGGGCCUUCUUGGAGCUCAUGGAGCAUGGUGUGGUGUCCUGGGAGACGCUCAGCAUCCCCUUUGUUAGGAAGGUGGUGUGCUAUGUGAACAUGAACCUCAUGGAUGCAUCUGUGCAGCCCCUGGCCCUGGGGUUGCUGGAGAGUGUGACCUUGAGCAGCCCUGCCCUGGGCCAGCUGGUCAAGAGUGAGGUGCCACUGGAUAGGCUGCUGGUGCACCUACAGGUGAUGAACCAGCAGCUGCAAACCAAGGCCAUGGCACUGCUGACAGCUUUGCUGCAGGGGGCCAGCGCUGCUGAACGUAAGCACAUGCUUGACUACCUGUGGCAGAGAAACCUUCGCCAGUUCAUCUACAAGCACAUCAUCCAUAGUGCAGCGCCCCUGGGCGACGAGAUGGCUCACCACUUGUACGUACUGCAGGCCCUUACGCUGGGGCUGCUGGAGCCACGCAUGCGGACGCCACUGGACCCCUACAGCCAGGAGCAGCGGGAGCAGCUGCAGGCCCUGCGUCAGGCUGCCUUUGAACCGGAGGGGGAGUCCCUGGGCACUGGGCUGAGUGCUGACCGUCGCCGUUCCCUCUGUGCCCGCGAGUUCCGCAAACUGGGCUUCUCUGUGAGUGACCCCUAUCCAGCUCCCUGCCCUUGCCUCAACCCAGGGCUGCUGUUGUUCCAGAGGGCUGGGCCCUUCCUCAGCUGCCUCUCCCCCUUCCCCCAGAACAGCAACCCUGCGCAGGACCUGGAGCGCGUGCCCCCUGGCCUGCUGGCCCUGGACAACAUGCUCUACUUCUCCAGACACGCGCCCAGCGCCUACAGCCGGUUUGUGUUGGAGAACAGCAGCCGUGAGGACAAGCACGAGUGUCCCUUUGCCCGGAGCAGCAUCCAGCUGACUGUGCUGCUGUGUGAACUGCUCCAUGUCGGGGAGCCCUGCUCCGAAACUGCCCAGGACUUUUCACCCAUGUUCUUUGGCCAAGACCAGAGCUUCCAUGAGCUCUUCUGUGUGAGCAUCCAGCUACUGAAUAAGACCUGGAAGGAGAUGCGGGCCACUCAGGAAGACUUCGACAAGGUCACGCAAGUGGUGCGGGAGCAGCUGGCCCGCACGCUGGCCCUGAAGCCCAGCUCCCUGGAGCUCUUCCGAACCAAGGUGAAUGCGCUCACCUACGGGGAGGUCCUGCGCCUGCGGCAGACAGAGCGGCUGCAUCAGGAAGGCACACUGGCCCCUCCCAUUCUGGAGCUGCGGGAGAAGCUGAAGCCAGAGCUCAUGGGCCUGAUCCGCCAGCAGCGUUUGCUCCGCCUCUGCGAGGGGACACUCUUCCGCAAGAUCAGCAGCCGACGGCGCCAGGACAAGCUGUGGUUCUGCUGCCUGUCCCCCAACCACAAGGUGCUGCAGUAUGGGGAUGUGGAGGAGGGCGUCGGCCCGCCCACCCCCGAGAGCCUGCCUGAGCAGCUCCCUGUGGCCGACAUCAGGGCACUGCUGACAGGCAAGGACUGCCCCCACGUCCGGGAGAAGGGCUCGGGAAAGCAGAACAAGGACGUCUGUGAGUUGGCUUUCUCAGUCAGCUAUGACCACGGGGAGGAGGAGGCAUACCUCAACUUCGUUGCCCCAUCCAAACGGGAGUUCCACCUGUGGACAGAUGGGCUGAGCGCCCUGCUGGGCAGUCCCAUGGGCAGUGAGCAGACACGGCUGGACCUGGAGCAGCUGCUGACCAUGGAAACCAAGCUGCGGUUGCUGGAGCUGGAAAAUGUGCCCAUCCCUGAGCAGCCACCCCCCGUUCCCCCACCCCCCACCAACUUCAACUUCUGCUACGACUGCAGCAUCGCUGAACCUUGAC